AUGGCAUCAGCACCAGAUACUUUUUCUACCAAUGGUACCAAUGGUAUCCUCAAUGGUACAAAUAUCAAUGUUUCACCAACUACUAUCACUAACUCUCUUCAUAAACAUCAGAAAUGGUUAAUUGAUAAAAAGCGACACAUCAUAAAUGUAUUACUAAUUACUGCUUUAUUACUCAUUUUAUUUGGUAUAUUUAUGGUCUUUGGUCGUCACAACAAAAAUGUACCUUCAAAAGUAUCAGUUGGAAAUGAAAGUAGAAGUGAUAAGUAUUCCAAUAUUUCAUCUUUACAACAAAUUGGAUAUGAUAAACAAUCAUUACAAACGAAUUCUGAUUUUACAUCUAUGCCAACUACUACUAGCAGACAAAAUUUUGAUAUAUCACAAUGUGUUACAUUGAUCGAAAGCAAGAAAUGUCUUCAAAUUCAGCGUAAAAAUUUUCAAAAUGACGGGAAUAUACCAUCAGAAGAUUUUGUGUCACAAUUGGGACAUUUCAUGGGAUGGCAUCCGAAACAUUAUGAACUUAAUAUAACCAUCAAUCGAGAUGCACGGACAUCUUUUGCAGGAAAUGUUACUAUUUAUAUUAAAGCUAUUGAAACAACUUCAUCAAUAUCACUUCAUGUUGGCCGAUCUAUCUCUGAUAUCGCUUUAUCACAAAUAACAGCAUAUAAUUGUCGUACAGGAGAGCUUUUAUGUCUCACAUCAAUAGUUUAUCAUCAAAAAGAUGAAGUAUUAUCAGUGGAACUUGCUGAACCUAUUGGUGUUGGACAUAUUGUCGUUCUUCAAAUUAAAAAUUUUUCUAGUUCACAGGCUUCUACUGGUCUCAUUGUCAAAAGGCCACAAAAAUGGGAACCUAAACGGCCAUGGACAGUUACUACAUUUUUCCAACUUCGGAAUGCUCGUUCAGUUUUUCCGUGUUUCGAUUUACCGAUUAUGAAAGCAACGAUGAAAAUGUGUAUCAGUCAUCCAAUGAGAACUGAAGCACGAUCAAAUACAAAAGCAUUUUCAAUUUCUAAAAUGAAUAAUCGGAUGGAAUCAUGCUUUGAAUCGACACCAGCAAUGAGUACUUACUUAUAUGCAUUUACAAUAUUUGAUCGAAUGAGUUCAAUGCGAGAGGCAGAAAAUUCACAAGAAUAUUUACCUGAAAUUGAAGUAAUCUAUUCUGAAGAAGAUAAUGUUGUCAAACCUGAUUGGAUUAGCACUGAAACAAGACAUGCGCUAAAAGUAAUGGCAAAUAUUAGCAAUUUUCGAUAUCCAUUAAAUAAGCUCAAUUUGAUGGCAUCAUUUUUACCCGUUUAUGGACUUGAAAAUUUGGGUUUAAUCAUAUUGGAUGAACGAUUUGUAGCUUAUCCAAAAUAUCGCUUAGCUCAUACUAUUCUUGCCCAUGAAAUUGCCCAACAAUGGAUUGGCAAUAUUGUCACGGUUAAAAAUUGGAAAGAAAUAUGCUUGCAGGAAGGAUUAAGUACCUAUUUGGAAUGGUUGAUCACAAAAUCGUUGGAUAAUUCAACCGAAAUUGAUGAAUUAAUUAGUGAAAAACGUCGUGAAGGUAUUAUGAAAGAUAGUACAACCUCUACAGUUAUCGUUUCUGAAUUUCGUUCAUCUGAGGAUAUUUCACGAUGCUUUGAUAAGCCAGCAACAUUCUUUAUGAUGCUUGAACUUGGAUUUGGACAAGGAACAGUGGCGCAAAUGGUUAAGUUACUCAUGCAACGUUACUCUUAUGCUAAUGCUGGAAUGCUAGAAUGGCGACAAGUAAUCCAAGAAGCUGCUAAUAAUGUCCUUGCUGGUGAAUUUUUCGAGCAAUAUUUCACACAACCUGGUUUACCGCUUAUUUAUGUUUCUCCUACUGCAAACGGAUUGAAAUUGACACAAAGUGUAACAAUUAUGAAACAAGUGACAAACACAUCACUAGCUAUUAUACCAUUGGAUAUAGCAAUUAUUGAUGUACCCGAUCGAACAGUGAUUAUUUUAAGCAAUCAAACAGAAAUGAUUUCGUUGAAACAUAAUGGACUGAUGGUACUUGACCCAGAUAGACGUACGCAUGCCAUAAUUGUUUAUGAACCCGAGAUUUACCUACGUUUUGCACAAUGUGCUGAACUAACAUCAUGUUCAGCAUUUUUAAAACCAGAAACGAUGAAACGUAUUUCGGAUGAUUUUUGUUGGGCAUUUUUGGGUAAUCAUUUUACAAUACCUGAAAAUAUGCCUCAAAAAGCUCAAAUUUGGAUGCAAUUUAUGCAAAUUUUAUCGGAAACAAAAUUUGUACACGGAUCUUGUGCAUGCUGUAUGAAUAAGAAUUUAGAAAAAUCUGGAGCAAUAAGGUGUAGUUGGCAUUGGAAUGAUGUAUGUGAGGAGCUUAGCUUACUCAAACAAAUUCAACAUUUUACAUAA